AAGGGGGAGUUAGGCCCGGGAGAUCCGAGUCCAUCCGCGGCGGGGAGAGGGCAAGGGGGGUCGCAGGGGCCUGGAGCAGGGGCGGCGGCGCUCGGACUGUUCUCUCCGCCCCGUAUUGAGGCGCUGGGAGCGACGGGGCGGCCGGAAAGCGAUGGUGAAAGCGGGGCCGUGAGGGGGGCGGAGCCGGCAGCCAGACCCGCAGUAGCGGCAGCUGCGGCGCCGCCUCCCCGCGCUUAGACCCAGGAAGCGGCCGGGAGAGUAGGAGCGAGCCGGGGCCGCCGCCGCCAUGGAGCUCAGGGUCGGGAACAGGUACCGGUUGGGCCGCAAGAUCGGCAGCGGCUCCUUCGGAGACAUCUAUCUCGGUACGGACAUUGCUGCAGGAGAAGAAGUUGCCAUCAAGCUUGAAUGUGUCAAAACCAAACACCCUCAGCUCCACAUUGAGAGCAAAAUCUACAAAAUGAUGCAGGGAGGAGUGGGCAUCCCCACCAUCCGGUGGUGUGGGGCAGAGGGGGACUACAACGUCAUGGUGAUGGAGCUGUUGGGACCAAGCCUGGAAGACCUAUUCAACUUCUGCUCGAGGAAAUUCAGUCUCAAAACUGUCCUGCUACUUGCUGACCAAAUGAUUAGUCGUAUUGAAUACAUUCAUUCAAAGAACUUCAUCCACCGAGAUGUGAAGCCAGAUAACUUUCUUAUGGGACUGGGGAAGAAGGGCAACCUGGUCUACAUCAUAGACUUUGGGCUGGCCAAGAAGUACCGGGAUGCGAGGACCCACCAGCACAUCCCCUACCGUGAGAACAAGAACCUCACAGGGACGGCGCGGUACGCCUCCAUCAACACACAUCUUGGCAUCGAACAAUCUCGAAGGGAUGACCUGGAGUCACUGGGUUAUGUGCUCAUGUACUUCAACCUGGGCUCUCUGCCCUGGCAGGGGCUGAAGGCUGCCACCAAGAGACAGAAGUACGAGAGGAUUAGUGAGAAGAAGAUGUCCACUCCCAUUGAAGUGUUAUGUAAAGGCUACCCGUCUGAAUUUGCCACGUACCUGAAUUUCUGCCGUUCGUUGCGUUUUGAUGAUAAACCUGACUACUCAUACCUGAGACAGCUCUUCAGGAACCUUUUCCAUCGCCAGGGUUUCUCCUAUGACUAUGUGUUUGACUGGAACAUGCUCAAGUUUGGUGCCAGCCGGGCAGCUGAUGAUGCUGAACGGGAACGUCGGGACCGAGAGGAGCGAUUGAGACACUCCAGAAAUCCAGCCACCCGCGGCCUUCCUUCUACGGCCUCAGGCCGCCUGAGGGGGACACAAGAAGUGGCUCCUCCCACUCCCCUCACCCCUACCUCACACACUGCUAACACCUCUCCUCGGCCUGUGUCCGGUAUAGAAAGAGAGCGGAAAGUGAGUAUGCGGCUGCACCGCGGAGCCCCUGUCAACAUCUCCUCGUCUGAUCUCACAGGCCGACAAGAUACCUCCCGCAUGUCCACCUCACAGAAUAGCAUUCCUUUCGAACACCACGGCAAGUAGCUGCACGUCUCCCCGUUGGAAGGCAGCACUGGAUUCCCGGUCGGGUGGCUCCCAGUGGUCUUCAGUCUGUCGUGCACCGAUGAGAAGGCUUCUUUCUGCUCUGAAGGGCACACACAAUGCAUGGCUGAUCUCCUCUGUUACAAUGGCUUUCUUAGUGACACGCCCCCGGUCUAGAACCGAAACGCUAACAUCAGGAGUUCUCCAGGCCACCCCUCAGCGACGCCGGGGUGGGAGACAAAAGACAAAUGCUGCCAUCACCAGGGACCACCCUCGAGCCCCCGCAGUGAGUGAAAAGCAGAGAGUGAGAGACAAUCACAGAGAGAAUCAAACUCCUGUCCAGGGGCCUUUCAGUUCUUCUCCAGUGGUGGUGCACCCUGCUCCCUGAUGAGUCUACUGUAACUACCCGUCUUCUACUUGGUUAAGACAGUUUUGUAUCAUUUUGCUAAAAAUUAUUAGCUUAAAUCUGUGUAAAGAAAUCUUUUUAUUGUUUCUUUCUUGUCUGUUUUUGCGGUGUUAAAAAAUGUUGACUUUAAAGAAUCCUGAAACAAAGACACUGCCAUGGAGUUGGUGCAGGAUGGAGUAAGGCAGGGAGUGGAGCACCGGUGAAUUUCAAUGAUCUGUGCUUGGUGAUUUUGUUUUGUUGUGUGGUCCUCUGUGGAGAGGGAAUUUUCUCAUCAGAAAUUCUAUCAUGUGUGUACGUGUGUGUAAGUAAUGUGUGUGUGCUGUGUGUCUUGUGACCUCAUUAAACUGGUUUUGGCUGUCAGUCUCCCUUCCCCACUGUAAACUGAAAUGCCUGCGUAACACAGACCCACCAGGAUUCUUGCAAUCAUCAGAGCAGUUAGCAAGCACUGUGAGCAAGGGUGCGGCAAGUGCUUCCCAGCAGAGCAGCGUGCCCAUGAUAUUCCCAGAUGUGGCAAGGAGGAAGCCGAGCACUGAAGACCACGGAAGCCGAGGCUUUGUGUGUGCAUCACUGGUCCUUCAGGAGAGGGUUGCCAACCAGGAGACAUCAGGCCGUUCCUUGGAGUUAUUUUGGUGGUGGUUGUUGGUCUCAAUGCCUUUGAAUUUGGGAAUUUUCUAAACAGACUAAAUAUCACCGUGCAAGUUGGCCCUUAGUCUGUGUUAACAUCUGCAUGCUCAAAACCAGGGAUGUGGCUGGCAUCCCCAGGUGCCAGGUGUGCCCAGAAAGGCCAGCAGGCCCGAGGGAAUCCACUCUGAAGUGCCAAGAAGCAAGGAACUUGGACAACCUGAUGGUUCAUGAGAGUGUGGUGUCAUGGGCUCUCAGGACCUUGGUGGGGACAUAGUGAACCCCAGAGAUCAAGAAGGGGUGGGGCUGAGUCUCACCACAAAGACCCUGGGGCGGCCAGGCUCUUGACACUCCUCACUCUGCUCUUCACCCUCAUUUUGCAGCAGAGGCACCAGGUGGUGGUGGCAGUUAGUAGACAGGAGCCCCUCCUUCUUAAGAAAGGAGGUGCAAUAGGUACUUUCCCAUUUCUUCUGUCACCCACUGCAGAGUGUUCUGUUUGACGACUGGGGCACUUGUAGGAAGCUAGGGACCUAAAGUCCGUGUCUUGUAAUUUCCCUUCCUGCCCCCAAAGUCACCUGGCACAGGAAUGCUGGUCCUGGGAUAUCCUGACAGGUGUGCGUUAACAGUGCAGAGUGUGGCUCUUUGCUUUUUUCUGGAUCCUGAGUGGGCUACUCUGUAAGCAUUUUGGGGUGCAGGGACUUGGCCAGGUGGGGCUGUGUCUCUGGAGUGCACAGGGAGCUUGGGUGGGUCAGAGCGAGUUGGCUUCGUUGUGGCCCAACACCGCCUUCAGAGGUCGGCUUCCCCCUCUCAGUGAGGUGUUAGCAGCUGCAGCCCCCAAUGUAGUACCAGAGAUGGGACCAGGCAGCCUUCCCACAUUCUGCAUCUGGGUUUCUACCUGAAAUUGCCAGAUUCCAUUUAGAAAGUAGGCUCUGAUCUUGAGUCCUCGGCAGUGUGCUUGUGGGCAGUUGUUGCUCUCCCAGAAACGUAGUUGAAUGUCUGUAUCAACCUGUGUAUUGGUGGCCAGUCUCUGAACUAUGCGUUUGUGUGAACACUGUGUGUGUGUACUUGACCACCAUGUAAAUAAUAAAUUCAUGAUGACUUCUACCUUUUCCCUA